GUAAUAUGAUAUUCUCUUGUACGUCAUGAUGGGAUAUGAAGUUUGUGCCUGCAGAAAUGGGUAUGUUAUAUACACAGAUGAGAUAUGAAAUUUGUGUUCAAGGAGAAUUGCUUCAAAGGUCUACCGUGAAGGGAAUUGUGCAGAUGAUUUCUGACAACAGAGCCAAGAAGUUCAUAAUGGGAGCAGCUGCAUACAAACACUAUUCAACGAAGAUGGAGAAACUGAGGUCGAGAAAAGCCAUCUUAGUCUCCCAAUACGCCUCUGCGGCUUGUCACAUUCACUUUAUCUGCAAAGGACAUCCCAUCCAUACAAGUGUAGGGAAGCUUAGAAUGGAUGAAGUCAGAGCUCUCUCAACUCUAUUAUAUGCGCAUACAGCGGCUUGUGUCCUCUCAAAGUAAGCUCCAAUUCAGAUAUGCAGAGUUGAAGUUCAAAUGGGAAAAGCAAGGUGAAAGAGAGAACAUCGCCAACCAGUUCUUCUCGAUCUGCUGGUACAUUGUCAUACUUUGGAGGGUCUGAGGCUUCAUUAAGUAUAAGAUAAGAUAAAUCAAACCACUCAUCUUCUCCCUCUGUACCUGUAAGCCCUGAGAUCCUGAACAAGAGAGAAGAACCCUUGCCCCUUUUGAUAAAUUCUUCCUCUUUAAUUAACAUUUCACCUGACUCGUGAGUUGCCUUUUACGGUCACUCCACAAAACUCUGGCACUUGCCAUCCAAAAACCAUAAGCAAUAUGAGUGACCCCAGCAUUACCUGAAAAGCUACAGAAGAAGAAGAAGACAGAGAACAUAAAGCCGCAAAAUCUUGAUCACAUCUGUAAAUACAUAGAAUGUAAUAUUUAUAAAACCAUUCAUGUGAGGUGAAGCUGUGUGAGAGAGGUUUGUGAUGAUAAAGACAGUGGAAUCAUCUUCUUCAUAUUCUUUAGUUUAUGAGAAUACAGAAAGGUAACCAAUAAAUAAUUAAAAAGUUGGUAUACAAAGGUUGAUCAAAAGAGAAGCAAAACUGCAUCCUAAACUCUCGGAUCAACGAAAGAUAACAGUUUAUGAGAACAAAAAAAAAA